AUGGCUGGAUAUCCAGCCUCCAGCUCUACAAAUGAUAUCAAUGGAAAUGCAAGUGGAAUGGAUACGUUACUUGCUCAACUUCGUUUGCAAAGCAGGCCGGUUGGCUCCGACGUAAAUUACCAGUACUAUAACGACCGGAAUGGUUACUAUGCACAAUCGCAUCAAUCUCCACAUGGUUACUUUCCACCUCCUGUUCCCACGCCUCCAGUCGGAACGCCAUCGAGCACUAAUCCUAUGAGCUUCAAGCCUGUCGAUACCUCUCAGUCGAGAAAUAAUCCAGGAAAUCAAACAAACACUGACCGCACUUCCAGUCUUCUCAAUCUUUUAAAAUUUAGUCAGCCUUCUGCUGCCACUACAAGCUCUAAUCUUCCAGCCGCUCUAUCUCAAUCUCAGCUCACAUCGCAGGAUAACCUUGAGGCCCACGGGGCCCCAGAUGAGACUAGCCAGGCCAUAUCUUCGCAAGAGCCUAAUGAAUCAGAUAUCCUAGCAACUUUCACAGGAUAUACACAUUCCAAACCUACACUCAAUGAAAAUUCUCGUUUUAACCCUAAAUCAAGCACGUCAAGUCUUGGACAAUCCAUUCCCUCCCCAUCUGCCGAUACACAUGCAUACCUCCUUCAGCUACUUAGCCAACCAAAAUCUUCUCCCAAAGAUAUACCCCAAUUGAAACAAGUAGACCAGCUUUCUAUCUCACAACAGCAAAAUAUCUUCUACGAAAAUACAGCUCAAAAGUCGGCACGGACUGAGGAAAAUAUUUCAUCUACUGGAAAAAUUAACAAUCCUACAGUUGCCGAAUCGAAGUUGGUGAUUGAUAAAGAUGACACUAAAGAAAAAAGCAGCUUGAAAAAUAAUACUGGAAUAUUCACGUAUGUAAAUCCUUUUGAUGGGCUAGCUGCAUCAUCACCUCGAAAUCGUAAUCCAAAACCCGAAAAACAGGCAUCCUCCUUCAGUCCUUCUGUGCAGAUAUUGAGAAAUCCUCGUAAUGAGAAUUUAGAUGAUGGGCGUAAAGUUCGUUCUAGUAGCUCAAGCUCUAUUCCCAAUGAACAAAAAAAUAACUACGCGCCCAAACAAUUCACAGGUCCGUCUACGCCUCUUACUGGAAAACUUAUUCAAAUCGAGCCAGUUGAUGGCGCAACAUCUCAGAGUAAUAAGGACACAACAUUUGAACGGCUUAAUCUUGGGAGUGAAAAUAUGAACGGUCAGGCUUCACUGUAUCUUGAUCGAGAGGAAAAAGAAGAUCAAAUUGAGAGUGAGCUCAGGGAAAUGCUGGCGACCCAAACUAGCAAAGAUAAAGAGAGCACAAUUAAAUCUUCGACGAAAUACUUUAAGGAGAAACAGAAAGAGGAAAUUAGCUCUACUCAAUCUAUACCCAUCGCCAGUAACGGAGAAUCGGAUAGCUUCGCGAAAACGUCAUCCAAUAGUAAUGUCAUCGAUAAUUGGGAAAGCGCAGAUGUCGGUGAUAUUGCAACAAACGAAGGCGAAAACGCCGUUGUAAAUAUAUACAGCUUUCCCAUGCGACCCUGGACUUCUAUCAACGUCAAGGUAACCAACGAGCAAAUAUCAACUUUCAGUGACCAAGCUGUAUUGGAUAUCGCACGGCUUAAGAAGGACUCACACAAUUUCGACAGAAACCUUGUAACCGCAUCCAAUAAUUUUAUAGCUUAUGCCAUGUCUAAAAAUGGUGGGUUUCGCAUUAUUAGACAGAAUAAUGGCAAAGACGCUCGGAUGUUCACUGAAACACAAGACCGGAUCAUUAAUGUUGUUACCUCCAUAUCUUCGACCGAUAAAAAAGAGGCUGUUAUUGCUAUUGGAAUGAGUGGAACGGUUUACUGGACAUUGCUAAAAGAUAGCGAGGGUGAUCGAAUCGAAGAGGCCCAAUUGGGAAACAACAGCUUUUCUCUCCCUCCAUUACAGACUACUAACCCAGAGACUACAGAAACUUCUAUUAAAGUGAUAGCCCAAAAAAGUUCGAAACACCCGGAGUUCUUCGCUAUAUCUCGCGGUAAAUUUAUUAACAUUGUUUGGCCAUCAGUAAUCCUAGAAAAACAAUACUUCAGUAAUAAAAUAGAUCGCGUAGUAGAUACCGAAGGUUAUUUCAGUAACCAUGAAUUCAGGAUAAAUGCUGGUAGUACGGCGAAAGACUUUAUUUUCAGCGAAGAUGAUACAACUAUUGUUUCCCUCGAAAGUAAUGGGCAAUUAAAAUUUUGGGACAUUCGUAGUAUUACUAUGAGUGAAAUUCUUAAUACUCAACCAUCUGAUUCACGGCUCAUAGAAGUCAAACAUCCAAUCACUACAUUCAACAACACAUCAUCAGUUGAAAAAAUAUGUCCCACUUCAAUUUUGUUCGUCGAGAAAUUCAGGCCAUACCAAAGAGGGGGUGCUCAAAGAUAUAUGGUUGUGGGCCUCAAAAAGAAUCACACACUUCAACUUUGGGAUAUAUCUUUGGCAAAGCCUGUCCAGGAAGUUCAUCUACCCCAUGCACACGAAUCCGACGCUACCUGCAGCAUAGUUUUCCACGCCGCCACGGGAAUCAUUAUCGUUGGCCACCCCACUCGUAAUUCUAUUUAUUUCCUCUUCUUCUCUGCGCCAAAGCAUAUAAUGUCAAAGUCUGUGUGCCAAGCCGAAUUUGUCGAAAAAGUUGCUGCUGGUGAUCUUUCAAUUCAGAGACCAGACUCAACGGCUGUUAUUUGUGGUAUGCGAGAGUAUUCAUUUGCCAGCAGGGGUAAUCUUCUAAGCAUUGACAUCCUUCAAAGCUCGAACUAUGAUAAUAUAAAUGAGUCAGACUCAACUAUAGAGCUUUAUUGUAUGCACUCCAAAGGUGUCACUUGCCUAGAGAUAGGACGCCAUGAUCUCGGCUGGAGUGUUGAAAAUGAAAUCUUACACCCAGCUCCCGCGGACGAGCUAAACAUGGUCACUAUCGAUAUUCUGAAGGAAAGAUCUAUUACUUCUCAUAUGAAUAUUCUGGAAUCCAAUGCUCAAUCUUUUGUACCGACGCGUAUUGUCCCAAGAUCAACAUUGAAGGAAAAUGAACUUCCAAAACAAUUUGUUGAAAAAUCAAAGCAAAGUGAAACGCCUCGACCUACGACCUUGACUAACGAUGAGAAGAAGGAGAACUCGUCCCAACUUGAUGUAGUUCCAAAUGCUAGUGUCAUAGAGAAAUCUGAUAAAAAGAAGCGAAAAAAGGGUGCAAAUGACAGCUCCAAUCCUCAGAGUAGCACAUAUUUUAAGAUGCCUGUCAUCGAUCCUUCGUCAAAUGUUCGAACUGUUAACCUAAGUCGGGUCGGUCCAAAUGGAAAUUCUGAAAGUCAAAACCAAGCUAGUCACUUAUCUCCGAGCCCUAAUGCCGAUCUUAAGAGCAUUGAAAAGUUGCUUAACUCUUCCCUGGAAAAACUCACGCAGGAAAUGAAAGAUGAGUGGCAGAUUCACAAUUCCACGGAAACCUCUAACUACGAUACUAUAUUCAAAAUGGUUUCCUCAAAGUUUAAUGGCGAUCUCGAAAAUAUUUUUACUAAUAUAAUUAAAUCAGAAAUUAAUUCUAGCAUUAUUCCACCGAUCUCUGAUGCGGCUAUAAAUACUAUUCAGACUCAACUUCACGAAAAGCUCGAUGCCCAAAUAGCCACUUACUUGCCUAGAGAGCUUCAACAAAGCCUCCCCGAAGCAGUCUCUAAAGCUCUGCACCAACCUCAACUUUUGAAGGUUAUAUCCGAAUCCAUCUCGACAACCCUUGGAUUUAAUAUGCAGAAGGAGCUCAACGUAUUUUUGAGUAAUCAUAUUAUGCCCUCAGUCUCAAAUAUGGUAGCUCAAAUUACCCAAAAGCUAGCAGCCGACAUGCAAUGUCGCUAUUUAGAGCAGGCUAACAUCAUCGAGAAACAGCGUCAUUCUGACAGUAUAAAGAUUGCCCAGCUAACACAAUUAGUAACAGGCUUAUCAGAGACAGUCUCCUCCAUGGCAGCUGCUCAGACUGAGUUCCAAGGCCAGUUCCUCAAAAUGCAACAGCAGGCGGUCAAUGACAGGCGAAAUUUCACUCGAUCAAGUGAAAGCGUCUCCAACCAACCAAGCUCUCGGCCCCACACUGCCUUAGCAGCCUCUCAUGGAAAACCUCAUGAAAUUGAAAGCCAUGAAACUAUGAUAAACAGUAUUGCAUCAGCAAUGAAUUCUGGAGACUAUGAAAAUGCUAUAGUUCAGUGGUUACAGACCCGACGUGAACAAGAAUUUUUUGUCAACUACUUCAGCAAAUUCCAGCCGGACUUCGUCAAAGACCUGAGUCCUCUAUUACUUCUAUCUUUAGGGGCUACAAUAAGUGUUGGAUUUGAGGGAGAGACAAAUAAUGAAUAUAUUAACCAAAGAGUUUUAUGGCUAGAAACUAUUCUAGCAGCUUUUCAAGUUCAUAUUAAUGCCGGGAGUGCUGAUGAUCAAGUUCGUAACCUCUCUCCUAAAGUAAUGGACAUAUAUCGCCAACGAUUCGAGCAUUUAUAUAUGCGUAUCAGUCAAAUCUCUAUUCAUAAGCCAAUCCUAAAAAGACUCUCACACCUCAUCAAUACUGUCAACCACAUUGUAGAAACUGCUCGUGGAGAUGAUUAUAAUGAAGGAUACACAGGGGAACUUGACGAUGGGACUCCUAGGUAG